CAAAACCCCCCGAGGCCUACAUCCCAGCUCUGUGGGCACUGGCAACCACGUUCCGUACUUCGAUCACAGCACCAGGACAUAGUCACGGUGGCCAAGUCUCGGACCCCCAAUAAUCGCGCUAGGUUGCGGAAAGGCCCGCAACGGUGCGACCCAGGUCUACCCUAGCGGCAGCGGGCGGAGUUCACUUCGUCCCCACCUGGUGGGGAUUAUCUGAUCUGCGCCCAGAAGCGUCACGCUUGAGCUGUUUACGAAGUCUCUCUGAAAUGGCUUCGUCAAAGGGACUCCAAAGGCUUCCGGGAUCGACUCAUACUGAGUCAUCGGGACCUGACAUAAUCUUCGUCCAUGGCGUUACUGUUCGUUCAAACCCUGACGGAAUUGGAACUUGGCCAUCACUCGUAUCAAAAUUGGCGCCAAAAGACUCGAACAUCCUAGGCUUUGAUUUGGCAGUCCGUCUUGACGAGAUCGGGGGAUGGCAGUCACUUUCAACUCGGGCCGGGGAUUUACUGGUGGCAGUCUGCGAGCACCACCAGGCGGCAAAAGCGAGCCGUCGUCCCAUCAUCUUUGUGUGCCACUCCCUCAGCGGCUGGGCACUCAAGCAGAUGCUUUGGAGGGCUAGGCAGCAGUUUACUCGCUUCCGCGACAUAAUUGAACUGGUGUCUGGAAUCGUCUUCCUGGCUACUCCUCAUUUUAAGGAUUCGAGCGAUGAUUCAGCGAGGCUAUUGUCACUAGUACUUCGAUCAGAUCUAAUGACUAACCCCAAAAGGGCAUUCUCAAAGUCGGACCUUUCGGCUCUUGCAUAUACCUCUUGGCAAUUCGAAGAAUUGAAGCUGCAGAUUCCUAUCCUGAGCUGUUACGAGACUGUGCCUACGAAACUCCGAUCACAGUUCUGGGUCUCCAAAAAAGCAGUGCUUGUGCCAGAAGCGUUGGCUAAGACUUCCGCCCCUGGGGAAAACUUGGCGGCCAUCGACAUUGAACUCGCCAGUUUCUUUGAUCUGGCCGACUCCGUCAUCCAUCUUCGUAUUACGGACUUUUUACGGACUACUUCGUCCAGCGCAUGCAAGAGGAUUGAACAAGUGUUCAAGAUCGAAAAAAAGAUAGGUAGGCAAGCCAUGCCGAGCCUACGAUCAAAGACCAGCGUGGUGGACUCUGACUUUGAUGGCGUCCAGGAAGGCUCGAAUGAUCGGAACCCCCAGAACUGGUCCAACGCUCGUUCGCCUCGCCGCGAAUCCACCAAUACAUUCUCAGCUUCCCCUAAUUCGCUCAAGACCGACUCCAGCUAUGAGAUUGUCGGGAAAUCUUUCGACUCGGGGCGAUCCCGAAAGAUCAAUCUCCCUUGUUACUAUACCAGGCCGCACACGUCAAGAAAUCCUGAUUUUCGAGGUCGAAGCGGAGAACUACAACUCAUCCACAAAGCCUUGUGUCAGGAACGACCUGGCAGUCAGGACACUCGGAGCAACAAACAACUAAGGACAUUCGUGAUACAUGGCCUCGGAGGUAUUGGCAAGACCCAACUAGCGGUUGAGUACAUAUUCUCUAGGCAGGACUCGUAUGACGCCGUUUUUUGGCUUCAAGCCGACCAAACAGAUAAGCUCUCGGCUGGCUUCGCGCGGAUGGCGCUUGAGCUCGGCCUCGAGAGCAAAGAAUCGGCAGAUGACCAAGUCGCCAGCCGUGAGAUUGUGAAGGCUUGGUUGGCUGAUCCUCUCAAGUCGUCCUCUCCUUUCGGAGACAGGCAUGCCAAGUGGCUCAUUGUGCUCGACAACGCCGACAAGCCCGAAGAGCUGCUUGAUGGUGGUUUUUGGCCUAGAGACGGACAAGGUUCGGUCCUCGUUACCAGUCGGGAUCCAAUGUCAAAGAGCGAGAUGUUCUUCGGCAAUGCGGGGAUCGAGUUAAAAGCCCUCGAUCAAAGCGAGGCUGCGACCCUCCUUCGAACAUUGUCCCAGCAGGAUGGGAUGGACUCAUCAGAGCAGCUCUCUAUGGACAUCGUUCAAAAACUGAACUGCUAUCCCUUGGCUAUUGUACAGAUGGCAGGAAUAAUUCGGCGACGCAACCUAUCACUUGCUGAAUUUCUCGAGAUCUAUUGCCUGGAAGAGGAGAGGUCGGAGUUGCAUGGGUUGAGAGUCGGAACACUGCAUGGAUAUGGCCUUACUCUGAGCUCGGUAUGGGCUUUUGACAGCUUCAACCCCGGCGCCAGGCAGAUUUUGUCGGUAAUCUCCCUCCUGGACCCCGACUCAAUUGCCGAGGCAAUUCUAACUACAGCGCCACAAGACUCGCUGGCAGACUUCCCUCAAACCAAAGCGGCAUUUUUCCGGGACCUGUCAACCUUGACCCAGUCAUCGAUUAUUCACCGAAACCGCGAGCAGAACGAGCUAUCGGUACACCGAAUGGUCCAAGACGUGAUCCGGUCCCAGCUCCUGAAAACCAACGACCUCGUUUGCUCGGUAUUCCAAGCCACAGUUCGACUCGUGUCUUCCGUAUGGCCUUUCGUCACGACACCCCGAACUGGAUAUCCUGCGUUUGACCAAGUCGAUCGAUGGACUCAAUGUGAGCGAAUAAUCUCACAUGUCGUACGGUUGCGCCAGAUCUUCCAGGAAUUCGAUGAGAGCAAACGGCAGAGGACCGCCACCGCCGACUUUGCUUGGCUGUUGGCCGAAGGAGCCUGGUACCACCUUGAACGCUCGAACCCUAGUGAAUGUCUUGACUUUAUCAAGUCUGGCUUCAUGCUCACCGAGGUCUCUCUUGAGGACCUGUCGUUCAUUCGCGCGGAGCUGCACGGCACUCGGUCCUCCAUUGGCCUAGAGAUGAACGAAACAGAAACGGCUCUAUACCACCGCGAAGAAAAUGUUGCCUUUCGAGAAGCCACGGUUGCCAAGGACGGCAAGCUCGAUAACAAGCUCGCAGCCGGAUACAGCGAGUACGGGAGAGCACUCAUGGCGUGCGGGAUCUUCACCAAAGCCGCGGAAAUGUUCGAGAAGUCCAUAUCGAUAAGAGAGAGGCUCCCGGGCUUCAAGAGGCUCCAGCUAUUCAAUCCCCUUCGCGGUCUAGCACUUGUACGCUGGCAUGAGGGGGACUACGAAGAAGCCAGUGAGCUCCUGCUCGGCGCUCUUCGUGAUCGCGAACUCGCGUUUGGCCGCGAUGAUAAGGAGAGCUCAAGGACUGGAGAAUUGCUCUACUCCAUCGGCAGCGUCCGACAAAGCCAGGGCCUCCUCGACGAGAGCUUCAUCUAUCAUCAGCGGGCUCUCCUGCAGUUUAGGUCGACCAUUGGAGACAACCACCACCUCACCGCCAAAGCCUGUUAUAACCUCUCCAUGCAUUACAUGCGCUUCAAAGACUACGAAAACGCACUCGUAUUUCUACAACAAGCGUCCCGGGUCUUCAGUCAAGGCCCGUAUUACGCUCCCGAACUGGCACGGGUGACCUUCCAGAUCGGUCGCGCCCUGAUCCUCCAAGGCAACACGCGUGCCGGGGAAGAUGCCCUGGCCCGCGCAUGGGGUGUGCGGCAGACGCUCGUGCCCGGGGACCUGAGACCGGUCGAGGAACUGCAGAGCGGCGACUUUGAUGACUUGGUCGUCUUCUGGUCGGUGUAAUCACGCUCUCACGGCCAAGAUGGGGAGUAGUUAGCUAUUUGAAUUUGUUGGGGAGGGCCGGAAACUACGGGUCAAGAGCCAGGAUUAGGAUUAGGCCUUUCGGCGUGGAAACUGAAAAAAUGGGUUGAAGACAGGACAGUGUCUCCCGUUGUCUAUUGUAGUUAAGGGAAGAGCGACCCCAAAGAAUUCGGUAGAGCUCCAUGUCUUGUCCUCGGUCUCAGGUAGGUUCAAGAUCUCAUCGGAACUUUAAUAAUAAGCUCUUCCAGCAGCUCUACAUUGAUGGAGCGAAGUUCACU